AUGACGAAAAUUCGCGCCCGGGCGAACACCUACAUCCUGGAUGAGGAGGACGACGCGUUUAAGAGGAAGCGUGCGAAGGCAGAAAAGGUUGGUGGGCAAAGGGACGUGUCAACGGCGAGAAAACAAGGAUGGAAAAAGGGAGAGAGUCGUACGCGAAAGGAUAAGAAGGUCACGCAAACGGAGAAAUUUGUCGAGGCGCAACUUUAUUCGAAGAAAGAAAACCUCGAGCGUCGCCGCCCAUGGCGGCCCACCGGCCCUCGCCGGCGUGAGGGGGCAGAAAGAGACCCGAAUGCGGAAUUGACGAAGCUACUCCGGGAGGUAAAGGCGACACAUGCGGUUGAAGGAAGUAGAGAGGGAAUUAGUCCACGACAGGAGGCGGUAGGUAGAGCUAAAUGGUGUGAGUAUCACCGCUCGGCGGGACACGACACCAGUGACUGUUUCACGCUGAAAGGCGAGAUCGGGAGACUGAUUAGGGCGGGACCAUCGCAAAUGACUGACCAUGGACCGGACAAAAGCCAACAAGGCGAGCUCAGGCGGGACGGCCGCCGGCGAACGCCAACAACGGACAAGAAGGAAACCUUGACGACAAGGAGGAAGGGAGCUGAAGAAACCUUCAACAAAUCCCUCGAACCGCCGGUGGGGACGAUAAAUACAAUUGCUGGGGGCUUUGGCGGAGGCGGUGACAUGCCCUCUGCGAGGCGCAAGCAUGUAAGGGCGGUAACGUCAGUGCAAGAAUAUUCAACCCCAUUCGGUUUUCAGCACCCAGACAUAGUGAUAUCAUCAACGGACUUCGAGGGAAUCAAGACACAUAAGGAUGAUCAUGUGGUAGUGAUGGUAAGGAUCAAUAGCUUUAAUGUGCGAAGAGUACUUUUGGACCAGGGAAGUUCUGCGGAUAUUAUUUACGGUGAUGUGUUCUACCAAUUGGGAUUAACAGAUAAGGACUUGAUGUCGUACAUUGGGACUCUGGUUGUGGCAUCAUACAAUGUCAUCAUCGGGCGGAACACGCUAAAUCGUCUCUGCGCAGAAAUACUCGGCUACAAAGCCCGGAGGAUCCUCAGGACCAACCAAUCCGGCGGGGGUGACCUUCUUGAACGCCCCCAUUGGGCUAAGGUCCAACUGGGAGUGGAGGCGCUGAAUUUGGGUUUUGACAAGAAAGAAGUCGUGACCACGUUCGAAGACAGCAGCUGCCACGGCAUCUAA